AGGCCAGUUAGAGGGCAGGGGUGCUAGAGAAAGGGAGGGAUGGAGGCAGGAUAGGAAGGGACCGAAUCAAAGAGCGAAAGACAGAGAGCCAACAGAAACGAAAGAUGACUGUCUGAAUCAAGAUGGAUCUAACCGAAGCCAGCCUUUCCUCAAAAGCAACAACCUCUUUCAAUGAAGGAAGGGGAGGUGAUGUGACUCAGCCAGGGGAAGUGGUGGAGCAGUGGAGGAAUGGAGGAGAGGAAGAGAGACAGAGGGAGGUGGAGAGAGAGGCGGGAGUGACAGAUGGACUAACUCAGGCUGCAGAGACAACUACCAACCACAGGGUGUCAGCAGACAAACGCAGAUUCAAUACUGUGGGAUACCAUAGGAAGCUGAAGCCGAAAGUGGUGGUAGACUAUACCACGGUGAGUAAGGGAGCGUCUGGAAGUUUCAAACCCCGAGCAGCACUGAGACAGGUCCUGUUCAGCCAGGGAGCGACUGACAAGAGCCCCAUGCCUGAGGGCGCAGGGCAGUUGGAUGCUCUGAAGCGGACUCUGGAGGCGUUCCCAGUACCAGUGUGUCUGAACUGGAGCUUGGGGGGGGAGGGGACAGGAGCCACACUGGAGAACAACUGGACUGAUAUAGUACACAAUCACUCGAUGAUGUGUAAGACCCAGAGGCACCAACAGGAGGCGCUGUGGGAGUUGGUCCAUACUGAGCUCACCUACAUCAACAAGCUCACUGUUGUCACUGAUUUGGUGAUGGCAGCUCUUACCAACCUGCACCAGCAUGGAUUCCUCUUAGAGGUGACACCUGAGAGCCUCUUCUCCAACCUUCCCUCCAUCCUCAGUGCCCACCGGCUCUUCUGGCAGGAAGUGAUGUAUCCCAUGUUACAGGAAGUCCGCAGGACGGGGAAGCCCUUUGACCCCCUGGGGUUAGAGGCAGGAUGCCUGCAGUUCCCUGAGCGUUUCUCCACCUAUCUGCAUUACUGUUGUAAGGAGGAGAGCACAGUGGACAUUACGAGCAAACUGACAGACACCAACCUGCACUUCCACACCUACUUAAUGUGGGUGGAGACACACCCCCAGUGUGAGCGGAUGCGUCUGGGAGAUAUGCAGGCCAAACCCAUCCAGAGGAUCACCAAGUACCCCCUGCUGCUGAAGGCUGUCCUCAAGACCACCCAGGCUCCCCACACUCAGCACACACUCAGGGGCAUGUUGGCUUGUGUUAAUGGCUUUCUGGACAGCAUCAAUGACUACUUGAGGCUUAAGGAUGAUGAGCAGGCCCUCUCGCUUUCCGCCCAGAAGAUAGAGGGAUAUGACGUGAUGGAGGGGAUGAAUGAGGAAAUCGACAAGCAUGUCAGAGAGUUCUGCAGUUUUGAUUUGACGUGCCCUGUCAGAGGGGUGGGUCCUGGGGUCAUACGCAAGCUGCUAUUGGAGGAGACCCUGAAGAUCAGAGGAAGGAAGGAUCACAAGCUGGAGGUGACAGCCCUGCUCUUCUCUGACGUGCUGCUGGUGACCAAGGUCCAGAAGAAGGCAGAGAGACUGAAGGUAGUUCGCCCCCCAUUGGCCCUGGAUAGAACACGCUGUGACACACUCAAAGAUGGCUGUUCGUUUGUGGUGGUGGAGGUGAGUGUUCUGGGCUGUGCGGCGAAUGUCUACACCUUUUCCACCUCCAGCCCAGAGAGCUGCUCUACAUGGAUCUUCACCAUCCACAAGGCACAGGAAACACUGCAGGGCCUGAGAGAGACAGAGGCCAGCAGACGACUGCAGACCAAACAGAGAGACCUACAGCUACAGGAACAUGCCACACCCCCUACAGAGCCCAAGAUGACCAUUGAGGAGUCAGUAGAUCAGCCUCCUGACCAAUCAGAAGCACAAAUCCCUUUUUCUUUGGAGGUGAAACCUGUUGAGGAACUUCUCAUCCAAUCAGUGAAUGGGACAUUGGUGUCCAUAGCAACAGAGGCGGAACAACCAACUCAGGAACCAGUGCACUAUAAAGAUGCAAUGUUGCCAGGACAACCACGCAAGCUCAGUGACAUUCAUAACCAAUCAUUUGCAGGCGGGGUAAUGAAAAAGGGGCAAGGAGGUGGCAGGGUCAUGGAUGAGGUUAUGAUGUCAGAGGCAAGGGUGAGCGAGAUCGGAGACAUCAAUCAAUGGGAGGAGGGGAUUGAGUCCAGGGGGAUAAAAGAACGAAGGGUGACCUGGACCCAUUCCAGACAGUCUAACUCUCUACCUCGAGUGGCAACAGAAACCUUUCAACCCAAACCCAACGGGCCGCACAACCUAUUGCUAGGCGGAUAUCCUAACAUAGACCACGACAUAGACUACCCACGACACCAAUCCAGCACUUUCCCACUUUCUCCAUGCAGGGAAAACAAUGCAAAGGUUUCUAUCACUAUUAGUCCAAUGGAAUCCCAAGGAUUUCUCUCACAAGGCGGACGAGCCACAUCCACACGGAGGAAUUCUGCCCCCCAGUCAGUGGAGCAACAAGCCAUGAGGAACUCGUGGCUCACCCAAUCAGGAGAGGAGGCUUUAGUGGAAUUACGGAGGUUUUCUCGGAAGCUGAAUUCACCACGGUUACGCAGGAGAAGGCCAAUAAACAUUGAGCAGACUGCUGUCCCUCAGAUGUCACAAAGUGGAUCUGACAGCUCUGGGAUGGCCCAGUCUGAACCACACACAAACUCUUCCUCCAACUCUGAUUCAGACUGCAACCAGAAACUCAGGGGUUCCUACCAACACAACUCAGGUUCCUCCGGACAGAGCUCUGACUCUCACCUGGUGCUCAAGCUGGGGUCCUUGAAGAUGAACGGAGGGGUGUUCUGGGACAUGCCUGCAGAGAGAGAGUCCUCCCCAGAGCCCCACGCUUUCUCUAGGCCAGAGCUGCCUAAAGACAUCCCAGAAGAAAAAGAAAACCCCCCAAAAAGCCCUAAGUUGAAGACCCAGAGGAGCACGUCCAUACCAGGUAUCAUCUUCCAAGGAGGAUAUAAUUCUCUUCUGACCUCAGCCAAGCCCUCCAACGCGCGAAUAGCCCACUCUCCCCCUCCUGGGUUGGAUCCAUACUUGCACCCCUCCCCUCUGGAGAGCAUUUUGAACCGGGCCAAGGAGAGAAGAAAGGACAGAGGGAGAAGAGAGGGAAAAGGGAAAUCUCCAACCUUCAGAACAUGGGCUCUUCCUCCUUCUCCGUCUUUCUCCACCACUACGUCCCAGUCGCCCAGUGAAGGGGAUAGAGAGACUGAGUGGGAAGAGGUGGAGCUGGUCAGACGGCUGGCCCCCAGUGUCAGUCAGGGAUGGAUAGAGGAGGGGGUGGACGGAGAUGAGGAGGAGGAGAAGAAGAGCAGCGCCGCCUUCCCUGAUGGCACCAGCGUUGAUUGGCCAGGCUGGUGCUUUGAAGCCGAUGAGGUCCUGGAUCAGCUGACCCCAGAGGACAGUGGCGUUGGUGUUGAUGAGGAGUGGUGGGAAGUGGCUGCGUUGGGGCUCAGCCAAACUUUGACCUUGAGAGACAUCCAGCGAAUUGGCACGCAUGAGGACGGGACGAUUAGUCAGGUGUAGUUCUGCAUAGGCUACUGGGAGUCCUUCAUUCUCCAAGACUUUAUCUGCACUUUAUGGGGAAUAAUAUGUCAUUUGAGAUUUUCACUGUGCCAGAGUGAUACUUUUCCACAGCAAGAUGUUGAUUGAGUGAGCUGAUUGACACCAAAUGUUGAAUUUCAGUUUGUUGCAUUUGGAGUUUGAUUAUGAGUCUGAGUGAACAUCAGAAACAUUUUCUUCAACCUGCAUAAUAUUGUUAGAGCUACAGAUGUAGGAUCUUCAUUUGAUCACUCUUUUGUUGCUGAGGUUUUUCCUGCAAUGCUGGAAAUGCAGAUAAGCUUUGUGAUUUUAUGUAAAUGGUCCUGAAAACCCGCACUAACACAUGGUUAUAUUAACAAUAUUGCACUUUUCAUGUCGCCUACUCUUGGCCAGCUCAAGCAACAUUAUGGACUAAAUGUUCAAAUCUUGUUGCUGUAGCAUUCUUAAGAUCCUACAUCUGUAGACGCCUAUACUGUCUUAUACAAGUGUACUUUUUGACGUUUUGUCAGUUAAGUGAAAUGCUCUACAUACUGUACAUACAUGUUUCAUUGAACUUAAUUUGAGUUGUUAAUUUAUAAGAGUAACUGCAUAUUUGGUAUUGUGACCCAAUGGGGAGAUUCAUACUGAUACAUUGUAAUAAAGAGAGAGAUUUAAACCAA